AUGGGACGAGGGCGCAAAUGGGAGACUCUGCAAGAUGAAGCGCUAGUUCGCGCAUAUUUAGACCUCUCUCAAAACGCCAUUCAAGGUGCAGAGCAGAAGGCAGCGUCUUUCUGGGAUUCAAUUCUCAAUCGAUUUAAUAACGCAACAAAGCCGAAGAAGGAGGAAGUUCGUACUGCGCAAGCGCUUCGCAAUCGAUGGUCUAGUAUUUCUCACAAUGUGGCCAAAUUCGUGGGGUGUUAUAGUGUUAUUAAGGCCCGUAAUGAGUCAGGCAAGAGUGCGGAUGACGUUAUGAAAGACACUCGAUUACUAUUCAGAGAGCAACAAGGAUCCGAGUUUUCUUUCGAGAGUUGCUGGUUGAUUCUGCAGAAAUGCCCGAAGUUCAUGGAUGGGAUUAGAACCCGUGGGUCCGGAUCUAACGCUGGUGUGGCAGGUGAAGUAGAGAAGGAGAGGCCAACAGGACGAAAAAAAGCCAAGACUGAUCUAGCCGCGGAAAUCGAGGAUUCUAAGAAACUGAAACAACUCGUGGAUGACAACAAAGAGCGAAACUCUGUGAUCUUUGCGCAAAUGAAGCGCAAGAACGACUUGAUUGAGGAGCAGCUUACAAUGGACCUGUUUAAGACAGACCCGAAUUCUGAAGAAUCCAAAACCUUUUUCAGUUUCAUGCGCAAGAAGCGUCUAGCCUCUAUCAUGGAUAGAGAGGCAGCUCGAGAACUAGGAGCGUGCAAGACAAAUGUCAAAACUCACCUGAGCCAGAUGCCGAUGUAG